AUGCCGAAGAACAAGGGAAAGGUAGGUCAUGCCGAAACGCACAUAAGAGGAGGGUAGACAAAAGUCGGGGAGGCGAUAUGGGAAACAUGUACUGAUCAUGUCGGAUGUUCAGGGUGGUAAAAAUCGACGUAGAGGAAAGAACGAGAACGACAAUGAGAAGCGUGAGCUUACGUUCAAGGAGGAAGGCCAAGGUAUGUUCAAUUGCCUCACAUCACGGAAGCAUCGCUCAGGUGCUGAUCUUGGAAAAUAGAGUACGCGCAAGUCGUCAAGAUGCUGGGUAACGGCCGAUUAGAAGCGCUAUGCUUCGAUGGUGCUAAGCGUCUCGCACACAUUCGCGGCAAACUCAGGAAGAAGGUCUGGAUCAACCAAGGAGACAUCAUCCUGCUCUCGCUCCGUGACUACCAGGACGAGAAAGGCGACGUUAUCCUCAAGUACUCUGCCGACGAGGCCCGUUCGCUCAAAGCAUAUGGCGAACUACCCGAGAGCGCCAAGAUCAACGAGACGGACACAUAUGGCGGCGAUGAAGAGGGCGGCAUUGGCUUCGACUUCGGCGAGGACGACGACAGUGGAAGCGGAGAAGAUGUUGACAUUGAUGAUAUCUGA